AUGGCAAGCCGCCACGUCACCCCCGCCGCCACUCUCCUCCAAUCAUGCGCCGCCGCCUGUCCUGCCGCCGUUCCCCCACCGCGCGGCCCCGGGAAGCCCAUCGCGGGCCCGCCCGGGCCCAGAUCCGCCGCCGCCACCCGGAUCCAGCCCCGCCGCCAGUCUUCACCGCCGCCGCCCGCGCCAUCGCCGGUGCCCCGCCGCCGCGACCUCGCCGCCCGGAGCCGGCGACCUCCGCCGCCUGCCCCGCGCCCUCCUCCGCCACGCCGCCGGGCUUCCUUGACCCCGCCGGUGAGCUCCUCCGCCCCGGCCGCCGCCGAUCCAGCGCCUCCUGCCGCUGGCCUCGUCUCCGCGCCGCCCUGCGCCGGGGACCGGCCCGAUCCGGGGAGCCGCCGCCCGGAUCCGUUCCGCCCCUCGCCGGCGCCUCGUCCCUGCCGCCCGCCAUCAUCGUCGUCUGCCGCCGGCGUGCCUCGCCUCGGCCUCGUCGGGAGGGACCCGGAGACGCUGGCCUAG